GGACGGUCUGAGCUUGUACUGGGACGGUCUGAGCUUGGACUGGGACGGACUGGGACGGUCUGAGCUUAUACUGGGACGGACUGGGACGGUCUGAGCUUAUACUGGGCUGGACUGGGACGGUCUGAGCUUGUACUGGGACGGUCCGAGCUUGUACUGGGACGGUCUGAGCUUGUACUGGGACGGUCUGAGCUUAUACUGGGCUGGACUGGGAUGGUCUGAGCUUGUACUGGGCUGGACUGGGACAGUCUGAGCUUGUACUGGGACGGUCUGAGCUUGUACUGGGCUGGACUGGGAUGGUCUGAGCUUAUACUGGGCUGGACUGGGACGGUUUCAGGUCAUACUGGGCUGGACUGGGAUGGUCUGAGUUUAUACUGGGCUGGACUGGGGUAGCCUGGGUUUAUACUGGACUGUGCUGGGUCCUACUUGGCUGUACUGGGUUAUAGUGGGUUGUACUGGGUUAUAAUGGUCUGUACUGGGUUACAUUGGGCCAUACCGGGUUAGAUUGAUCUGUACUGGGUUAGACUGGUCCGUACCGGGUUAGACUGGUCCGUACCGGGUUAGACUGGUCCGUACUGGGUUAGACUGGUCGGUACUGGGUUAGACUGGUCCGUACUGGGUUAGACUGGUCGGUACUGGGUUAGACUGGUCCGUACCGGGUUAGAUUGGUCCGUGCUGGGUUAGACUGGUCCAUACUGGGUUAGACUGGUCCGUACUGGGUUAGACUGGUCCGUACUGGGUUAGACUGGUCCGUGCUGGGUUAGACUGGUCCGUACCGGGUUAGAUUGGUCCGUGCUGGGUUAGACUGGUCCGUACCGGGUUAGAUUGGUCCGUACCGGGUUAGACUGGUCCGUACCGCAUUACGCCAGGCUGUACUGGGUUAGACUGGUCCGUACCGGGUUAGACUGGUCCGUACCGGGUUAGACCGGUCCGUACCGGGUUACGCCGGGCCGUACCGGCGCUGGGGCCGUGGAUCGGUGCCCUCAUGGAGCGGUUCGUGGCGGGGAGCCGGGCGGCGCUGCAGGACCACGUCCGGCAGCAGCGGGAGAUCCACGUGGUGAUGGGCAACGAGGCCUGCGACCUGGACUCCACCGUCUCGGCGCUGGCCCUGGCCUAUUUCCUAGCCCAGACCGCCCCGGCUCCCAAAGCCGCCUUCGUGCCGGUGCUGAACAUCCCCCGCGCCGACCUGGCGCUGCGGACGGAGACGACGUUCCUGCUGCGGGAGCGGGGAAUCCCGGCCGCCGCGCUCGUCUGCCGGGAUGAGAUCGACCUGGGGCGGCUGCACCACGCCGGGCUGCUCUCCCUGACGCUGGUGGAUCACCACGUCCUGCCCGGUGCCGACGCUGCCCUGGAAGAGGCCGUGGUGGAGGUGGUGGACCACCGGCCGCUGGAGCGGCACCGCGGUGCCCCGUGCCGGGUGACCGUGGAGCCCGUGGGCUCCUGUGCCACGCUGGUGACCGAGCGGAUCCUGCAGGGCCCCCCGGGCGUGCUGGACGCGACCACGGCUGCGCUGCUGCACGGCACCAUCCUGCUGGACUGCAUCAACCUGAGCCCGGCCGCGGGCAAGGUGACGCCCAGGGACGUGGCCUGCGUGUCCCUGCUCGAGGAGAGGUUCCCGGAGCUGCCGGCCCGCGACGCCGUGUUCGGAGCCCUGCAGGCGGCCAAGUUUGAUGUCACAGGGCUGACCACAGAGCAGAUGCUGCGGAAGGACCUCAAAGUCAUCUCCAAUGACGAGGCGGUCGUUGGCAUCAGCGGCGUCUUCGAGGAUCUGGAAACGUUCCUGCUCCGGCCUGGCUUGCUGCAGGACCUGGAGACUUUCUGCCAGGCCCGUGGCUACGCGGGGCUGGUGGCCAUGACCGUGUCCUUCAACGAACGCCACGAGCCCACGCGGAAACUCGCGGUCUACAGCGCGCGGGAGCCCCUCCGCAGCACGCUGUGCCAGGCGCUGGAGGAGGCGACGGCGCCGCCGCUGCUCCUGCGGCCGCUGCCGAGCCCUUGGCCCUGCGUGGCCGCCUACGCCCAGGGCAACGCCGUGGCCGCCCGCAAGAAGGUGCUGCCCAUCCUGCGGGCAGCGCUGGGGGGUCUGGGGGCUGCCGGGGGUCCCGAGGAGGAGGUGGUGCCCCCGCCCACCCCCAUGAACAGCCUGGUGGAGGAGUGUCCCCUGGCGCAGGCCGUGCCCCCGCUGUGUCCCCAGGACGUCCUGGAGCGGGUCAGCCGCAUCGCCGUGGGGCAGCCCCCCGGCUCCCCGAAGUAGCAGCAGGCACCUCGUGGCUUUUUGAGGUCUGGAUGAGAGGUUGGGGUCCCUGGGCAGGCCCCCGGUGGGGUGCCUGGGUGUGGGGCGGGGUUGCAGCUGCCUUUUUUAGAGCUCAGCUCCCGGUCCUUGCCGUGGUUUGUCCCCCCCAAUGGCUCCCCGUGCCCCAGUGGUCGCCAGGGUGGCUUUUUGGGGAUGCCACGGGCAGCAGUUGCACCCCCUUAAUGAAGGCGUUGGGGUGGGGGAGUUAACGAGUUCUUGAUGAUCUUCCUUCCUUGGGGGGCAGCGGGGGGCCCCAGAGGGUGGGUCCGGACAUGCAGCCGUCCAGAAGUGUCAGUUUUCCAAGGAUUAAAUUUCCCUUUUCUUCCA